AAAGAUACUCGUUAAGUAAGCGGGCGAUAGCAAUGUCUGACUUGAGCCGUCUAGUGAAAGAGAUAGGGAUCGAAGUUCAACAACUUUCCAGUCAGGUCGAGCUUGAGAAAAACAAUAUAUCCCAUCUUCAACAAAAGUUAAUUUCUCUAACUCAAGAAGCUGAAUCUCAAAAAAAGUUCAAGCAGCAUCUGGAGGAGGAGUUAAGAAAUUUAGAGGAGACAUAUUUUCAGCCGGAUGAUAACAGCUAUGGUCUGUCAGACGUCAGUGAAGUAAUAAAUGAACAAAUUCGUUGCCUUAACGUGAUCCUCUCAGAGAUAAUGAGCAGCAAUGAGCGAAUUAGGAAAGAAAGAACUGACUUUAUCCUGGAAUACAAACAAAGGCUAGAUGAUUACAACCGACAUAUAACACAAAAUGAAAAGCUACAUGCCUUUAUCGAGUUGUGGAAAGCGAAAUGCGCUGAAAACUUUAAGUUGACCGGUAAGUAGCUCCUUCUUCAAACCUUAAACUUCCCACAGCGAUCCCUGACGUGAUAAGAGAAAUGGCCGAAGAAAUAUCUAGUUCCUACAACAUGUCUCUUGUGGAAACACUAAAAAACGCACUUAGUGCAUCAGCAGUAGAAAGUGAAGAAACAAGGAUAUCUUCCCCCAAAAAUGUAUGCAUUGCGGGAAAAGAUGAGAUUCCUGCGAUUAUUCCAAAAACUCACCAGUCGAACACCUCAUCCGAUGAACAACUUAAUUUGUCGAGUGAUAUAGAUACUCAAUUUCAGGGAUGUAAUGUUUUGGAUGCAAGUCGCUUACGCGUGUCUGCACUUGAUACUAGUGUGAUUUCAUCGCUUGUAAGAAAGGAAAGUUACAGUUUCCCACAUAAGAAUUACGAACAAACUGAUACUCAGCGAGAUUAUACAAUGAAUAUGGAUGUAACGAUAUGUGGGGAAAAUGAUGCGUCUUCUUAUUAAAUUUACAACCAAACAUAAUUUUCUGUUAAUUUGUUUUUAUCGAAUAUGCGCAAUAAAGUUUAUGGGCUAUGGUUAC